AUGAGCUCGCGCAAUGAUAGCUCUACCGCCGAUGCGUUCAACAAACCCGGGCUCUUGAAUUCGUCACCCGGGCCUUCCGACCCUCCCAGAACACAGAGCGCAAAGAUGUUGUCUCACAUGCAGUCUCGUACGGCGAAUAAGAGCAGAUUAAAGGAUGACCAUGUGGAAAAGCUGGAACGGGAGUUCAAAUAUAAGCACCUGAGUCUGCUUGGUGUGUUUGUCUGGAUAUUACUCUUACAUGUUGUCGGUAUCUUUUUUUUCACCAAAGGCUUUCUCCUCACUAGAAUGGUGUUGGAAAAUAAGUCGUCCUGUGAUGAUCUUCCUUUCGACGACUCGCGCUCUGUACCGAAUCAGUCAAACCGUGAAGGAUGCUGGCACCCAAAAUCAUUCGACAAGGCCAUUGUUAUUAUAAUCGAUGCUUUGCGCUACGAUUUUACAGUUCCGUUUGCGCCAAAUGCCGAAUCUGAGAGCGCCCAGCUCUUCCACGACAACAUCCCAGUGCUCUAUGAAACAGCCGUCAACUCGCCGCAAAAUGCUUUCCUCCUUCCCUUCAUUGCGGACCCACCAACUACUACUUUGCAGCGGUUGAAGGGAUUGACAACAGGGACGUUGCCUACGUUUGUCGAUGCGGGAUCCAAUUUUGCCGGCACAGCAAUUGACGAAGACAACAUCGUUGCUCAGCUCCACGCGGCAGGGAAAAGCAUUGUGCAGCUUGGCGACGAUACCUGGCAAGCCCUUUUCCCAGAUUAUUUCAAUGCCGACCUUACCCGGCCGUUUGAUUCAUUCAAUGUAUGGGACUUGCAUACUGUUGACAAUGGAGUCAAUGAAAACCUAUUCCCUCUCUUGGAACCUCAGAAUUAUACGAAGUGGGACGUGAUUUUUGGUCACUACCUCGGGGUCGACCACGCUGGUCACCGAUAUGGCCCGAGUCAUCCUGCUAUGGCAGCAAAACUGAGUCAGAUGGACCAAGUUAUCCGGGACCUCAUUGAUAGAAUCGACGAUACUACGCUACUGGUCGUGAUGGGUGAUCAUGGAAUGGACUCAAAAGGCGACCACGGCGGCGAAUCUGAUGACGAAGUUGAUGCUGCAUUAUGGAUGUAUUCUAAGAAAGGGGUUUUUGGACGUACCAGCCAGGAAACAAUUAUGCCACCAAAGUACGCUCGCGAAAGAUUUGUUCCCCAGAUCGACCUUGUUCCGACCCUCUCAUUGCUUAUGGGGCUUCCCAUUCCUUUUAACAACCUGGGCUCGCCAAUCGAGGAAGCGUUCAUUGGCACUAGUGGAAGUGACUGGGAAAAUCUGGUAAAUGUGAAUCGCCUAUCUUCCGCGCAGAUCAAGCGAUAUCAGCAAGCAUAUGCCAGAAACCGCGGGUCAGAAGACAGUGGGAAUUCUGGAUCAAUGGAAUAUUGGGAAACGGCGGAAAGGCAGUGGCAAGCUCAUCAUGGUAGACCCAACCCGAAGAGCUUCGUCUCAAUCAAUGAGGCAUACAAGCAGUAUCAACGGCAUACCCUCCAAGCCUGCCGCAGACUAUGGGCAAGUUUUGAUGUGCCAAGCAUGAUGCAAGGAAUUGGAGUACUCCUUGCAGGCAUUGUUUUACUUGUUUUCUAUGCUCGUGGAGUGCAGUCUGACCGAACGCUACUUACAGGCCCGUUACUUUCCCGCGUGGGACUAGGAUCCAUCCUGGGCGCUUUGGUUGGCACCCUAAUGGCCAUUCUUGGGUUGACUGAGAUAAAAGUGCUUGAGUUAUCGGCUCUACUGGCUGCCGUCGGGAGCAUCUGUGGCGCUUCGGUCGCAAUCUUCGGUAGCUCACAGCGCUUAUCGCUGCCUUUACCGAACUCACUUUGGGGUUGGCUUGCCAUUCUAUUCACCGUCAGUCAGUCUAUUGGCUUCGCAUCCAAUUCUUAUACGAUUUGGGAGGAUGAGAUCUUACUAUUCUUUCUUUCUACGUUCGGAGUUGUUGCCGGCGUCUCUUCCAUGCGCCAACAGUCAACAACGGACAGGGUUCUCGGGGUCUACCAUUCAAUCGUGUUCGUCAUAUUAGGAAGGAUAGCAUCUCUAUCUCGCCUUUGCCGUGAGGAGCAAAUGCCAUUCUGCCGCUCGACUUACUAUGCCUCUAGCACAUCUUCAACCUCCGCUCCGUGGCAGCUGACUAUUCCAUUCCUCGUGACGCUCAUCUUGCCAACAGUCAUCAAAGGUUUCUAUGCCGGAUCGAAGUCCUAUGAAGGAGCGGCCAGUCUGUGGAUUGGUAUUGGUUUCCGUCUAGGACUGUUUGUCACCUCAAUCUUCUGGGUCCUGGAGGAAAUCGACAGCAAAGAAUGGCUACCUCUCAGCGAUGAAAGUCUGAAGACAGUCAGGGUAUUCUUAGCCCAGCUUGUCCUCGGCCUUGCUUUUGCUGCUGGCACAACGGCUUUCACGUACUCAAAACCGUGCGUGAGCAUCAGCGUGGCACAAACAAAUACAGAGCCCGAACCGAAGCGUCCCUCGCUCGGCGAACAACAACUCCCAAGAACUACGGUCACAAUCCUUGGCUUCGGCAACGUUCAUGGCACCCGCUUCUUCUUCCUCGCAAUCAAUUUUUGUCUAGCCAUCACCCUCAUGCAGAAGCCCAUGGGCCAAGGCGCCAUGGGCCUCCUCCUCUGGCAAAUCCUUUCUCUUCUUGAAAUCCUUGACACAAACGCUCUCGUCACCAACAACUCCUCCAUCGGCCCUGUCGUCCUCGGCCUCCUCGGCUCCUUUUACUAUUUCAAAACAGGCCACCAGGCAACCAUUAGCAGCAUUCAGUGGGAAACGGCAUUCAUCCCCCUCACAACCGUCAAGUAUCCCUGGUCCCCGCUCCUCGUCGUCCUCAACACCUUUGGCGCGCAGAUUCUUACCGCUAUUGCUGUCCCCUUGACCGUUUUAUGGAAACGGCCCCUUCAACUCAACGAUAAGAGCGCCUCCUCCACCUCCGAAAAGCCAGCCCUCAGACUCCUCUCCGACGUUGCUCAGGCUGCGGCGACAUAUAUACUUUACUUUGCGACGAUCAACCUCGCCACGACAAUGUGGGCGGGUCAUCUCCGCCGCCACCUUAUGCUCUACCGUGUUUUCAGCCCGCGGUUUAUGUUUGGUGCAAUUGUUCUGGGUGUUGUAGAUGUCGUCCUUAUUCUCUUCUCCAUUGCUGGUGUGCGGUGGAGUACACUCAGUGUUGGAGAAAUUUUUGGUUGGUGAUCUAGCUAGCCGCGGAUUGAAACUAUAAUGACCCCUUAGAGGGAAAGUAGAGGUGAAAUGCAAAUC